ACCAAUAGGUGGUUGCUGCAAUGUCACCAAUCUGGUCACACGUCACAACGACUAUGUUCAUCUUGCGUCUGAUCAUCGCACUUGUGUACGUGAGCUGAUUUGAGGUUCGUUUCAGUCAUGAGUGUUGGUGACUGAAACAGUGAUAUUUUACAGUGCUGCUCCUGGUCCAGAAAAUUUCAUAACAGUGAUUGACUAAAAGUUUAUUCCCAAAUUGUCACCAAUCAUAUCACUCGUUACAACCACUUGAGAAUUUCACCUAUGAUAAUCGCAAUUGAGUACGUGACGCUGACAAGGUUUUUGAUUCACUCAGUUUUUUUUGUGAUAUUGGUGGUGACAUUUUGCAGCACUGCUUGCACCCAAUUUCUAUGGCCACAAAGCCAGCAUGGUCGGCUGGACUGGGUGUUCCGUGCGGGAGGACGCUGCUUAUCAUAUCUUCUCGAACUCGAACUCGAAUUUUUAGCUUUAGUAUGAUUGUUAAAUAUUUUGUUGUUGUUAUUGUUAUGCAAUGCGAGUACUUGCCGUUCAUUUUCUUGAAUCAUUGCGCUGUCUCUUUUUAGUGCGGAAAUGCGACUACAAUCCUCUGACAGUUGCUGCAACGUAAUCUACUCUCGAUCCUCGAUUUUCGCCAACAAUCUGGUUCGCACUUCGACGUCUCGUUAUUCUCUUAAUCCACAAACGAAUAAGAGGCACUUUAGCUGCUCCUCGUCGAGCUUUCUGAGCUCGAAUUCUAUGCAUGAUUUAUUUACACGACAUGCGUAGGUAAGCAGAUCCUCUUCAGGUUUCCUUGUAAGCUGCAAACACUUGUACCUUUCGCUUAUCAAGGAUUCCUGCACGUCGAACAGCACAGCGAGUUUUGCGAUCGUCUCCUAGAAUGAAAAUUCACUUGAACGUAGGGGCAGGAUAAACGACAAAUACCGAUCAUGCUCGGCUGCACCUAGCUUCCUUAAAAGAACCUAGCUUCGCACUUUUGCUGCAUCACUCAGCCGACAAGCAUCCUCGUUGAACAGCUCCUCGUACCAGGAAAACCAUGUUCUGAAGGGCCAGCUUCAGGAUCGAACCGAAAUUCCAUUAUCGAAUUGGCUAAUGCUUCCGUUGCUUGCUCUGAAUUAAAAUUUGGCGUAACUACGGGCUGGCUUAUUUGCUGGGCCAUUAUUUUACUAAUAAGCUGCUGUUGCUGGGUCAUUUGUUGCUGCAUCAUUUUCAGCGUUUGCAGGAGUACGGCGUUAUCCACUACAGCUGAGCCCGUUUGCGAUGGCGGUUGCACAAAUUGCGAUGGCGCUGAUACCGGCUGCGCUGAUGCGGGUCCCCGAUGGCGGAUAGAGGUGCCCGUUUGGGGACACCUGAUGAUGGAACGCUACUUCGUGCACGGAGGGAACGUGCGGCUGCGAUGCUCCGGGUUGCUGCAUCACCGCCGGGUUGGAAAAUCCCGGUCAGCCUAACCCGUCCGGCAAAAUGAGUGUAUUUUUUGAGUGAUUUGAGUACCGUCCCCCGUUAGCAGUUACUCUUAGAGGAAUGAGUUACACCCUCGCGCGACCCCUCCCCCUCACCCCACCCGGAACGCACGGUGCGCUCUGCAGUUCUCAAUGUGUUGUGUUCUUUCCAAUCAUGCUACCAACACAUCCAAAGAUAUUUGUUUCUUUCGUUUCUCGUUUUCUUUCAUUCAUUGCCACGAUCGCAAAUACGCACUUAUUCUAACAACAAACACAAACACGGUCAUUUUUGGUUACAUUAAAUACUUUAUUGAAACAUAAAUUACACUUUCACAACACAUUUAGAAUCGUUCAUAUUCACGAAUGGCGUCAUACUGUAAAGUACCGGGUCGAGCCAAGCUGCGGGAAACUUGUCGACAAUCUGCGUUGCCUCUGUUCAGCAAAUUCUUACCUGUCGAUGCACGCACUGCAUGUGCGUCUGUACACACUGUUCACUUCACACUUAAUCAAAACACACCGGCGCACGAGACUUAUAACGAAAUGCGCACCAACGCACAAACACUGCGCGCGGGACUUAGAACGAAACGCGCACAACCAUCUCCGACAAAGCGUCGCGCUGUGCUGGUGGUUUUGUACGCGUAGGAGGGGGGACAUACGGAGCGAUGGUUCGAUGCUGUAGUAUAAGCGAGACAACACGAUGUGACGAGCAGCUCUAAGUUGUUGAGCUCGCUGAAAGAAGACACACACAUUCACAGACGGCUCGUCAAAGCACGGUAUUUGUAUUGGUGUUAGUGAAGCGCGCGUGUAAAACAGAAUGCGAACUCUCAUCGCAGCGCGUUUUUCCUUGCUUUCCAAGUAGCAGAGCCGAAGUUGUUGAGAGAUUUUGCUGUGUGCCAAAGCGAGAGGCCCUGUCUUCUCUCUCUAGAUUUUGGACGGCAAACCGCCGCCCGUGCAGAGGUGUGUGCGUGUGACGAAAAAUUAUGGAUGAAAUACGGGGGAAGCGGGGUUUGAAGUCUUUCGUUCGUCACACACACAUGCAUUUACCAGCGGAUAUCGCUGGACCGAGUCUACCCAUCCCUCUCGAUCCACCAUGAUUUUUCUGCUAUCGCGCUCAUCCGGGUGUUAGGCAUCCUCAGUCUGUCCAGAACUUUCCCUGUGGAAGGAUGUACUGAAGUGAGGUGCGAUUUCUUGUGCAACGUACUUUGCUCAUUUACGUUUUGUGCCGUGUUCCUUCUUCCUCAGUUAUGGAAUGAUUUAUCCUAGCAAAUUGUUGAGUUACAGGUGUGUGCGCUAUUUAUCAACGACUACCUGCUAGCCUCGUCAACAAUCUUCAAAGUGAGCGACGGAAAGAAAACGUUUUCCAGUUUUAAAAUAUUAAGCCCCCGGUGAGGACGUCAUUACUUAACAGAAGCCGGUUCAACACGCGCAGCUCCUGUUCAUGACGUCAUCACGAAACUGAAGCCAGCUGAACACGCGCAGCACGGAUGGUACCCCGAGCGCGGUAGGAGGAAGGAAGAACGAGAGGAGGAAGAACGGUAAAUUUGGAAGGGGGAAAGCGUUCUGCCGUCUACACAGCGGGAGUAUGCCAAAACACUUGUGGGAAGGGAGAGGGAUAUUAUUCAAUAAACAGCAUGCAUGUGUGUGUAAAGCAAAUGUGAACAGCCUCAUCAUUUCUAUAAGCAAUCCGAAAAAGGGGGUGGAGCAAACACAUUGGUAUGCGUGAGCGGCUGAAGAAACCAGAACGUUUAGAUGUGUGCGUGACGGAUGGUUCGGGCGCCUGUGGCGAAGCUCUCGACAAGACUGCAAACGAGAGCUUUCCCAACCAACCAAACCGAGCUCUUUCGAAGCAAAUCCUUCGUGAUGAGCGAGAAAGCAUGUCACGCAUCUCACGUGUUGCCAUGCGAACAGAUGUGCGUGUAGAUGUGUGAGUGCGCGGAGAAAAAUUGAUGGAUGACGAAUGGAGGAAGGGGAGGAGCUUCACUCUGUCGAAGCAUCUGAAGGGGGGCCGAACGCUCUCUUCACAUUUUGCGAUGAUUCAGUUUAACUCAAACGCUUGGCAAAGAGGAUAUCCUACUUUGAGGCACUAAAUAUUUCAGGCAAUGGAGUCUUGGUCUAUUAGUAUUAGUAUAAAUUAUUUCCCUUACCCCAUUUAUGAAUUAAUUUAAAGGAAUAAACAUUAAUCUGAGUAAAAUUUCAAAAGUCACUUUUAGCAAAAAACUUUUUCCAAAUGUGUUUUGAAAUUCUGAAUCGAUCUUGUAAAGACGGUUUUUUCAUACAAUGCGUACUUUUUAAGAUAUUUGGAAAAGUACGGUUCAUAGGGUGCGCGGAUGAUAUACUAGCAAUGCUAUUACAAUGAAAUGCUAUUCCGCUCUAUAACAUUUUCAGUUGAGCGAUUUGGUCUGUUUACGUUAGAACCGCUCCAUUAUUAUUGCGCCUUUUACGUCCUCACGCGCGAAUUCACAAAUAGUUAAAGUGUUAGGCCCGCUUGUGAUGAACAGUAGAUUCACCUGCUACCAUGUUUCAAUUCUCUGACUAAAUCGCACGUAAUAAAUAAAUCGAAUAUCUCUCCUUCCAAUUUCAAUUAAAAACACAUAACCACUGCACAUAAGGUAGGAAGAUAGAUGAGAGGAGGAGGAAGAGGAGGAGGGGCUAUAAACACGUACGUAAAUAAAAGGGGGCAGGGCGCGCGUGUGAGCGAGAACGCGGCAGCAUACGAGAGAUUUUUUUCUUUCUCUUUUGUAGCAUUUCGGCUAAACACCCGAGCCUAACUUCGGUAGGAACUGCCUAUCAAAGUUGAUACACCUUCGGUAGAGAACUUCUAUCGAAGGUAUAUCGAAGCAAAUUUACUUCGAAAGAGCACGGUUUGGUUGGUUGGGUUGUGGAGAGCUUUGUAGGGAGCAAGGUGUGUUUAUUAAGAAGGUGAAUUAUUAGCGCGUUUUUCGGGCGCCAUCAUUGAGUAUUGUUAUGUCAAAUCGCAUACAAUUUUCUAUACCCCCCUCCAGUCCUCCCCGAUUUUAAUACCGUAGCCCCCAGUAUUGUUAUGUCAAGUCGUGAAAUGUCAAUUUGCUCUGAAGCACUUCACCUCCUAAUAUCCAUACACCUUGGUAGGGAGCUCAGAUUACACAGGCCGCCGUCGGUUUUUGCGUCCUUGGGUUCCUCAAGCUUCCUCAUACCCCUCGGCCUGAAUCACUCAAAAUUUGGGGUCUCAUUGUUUGUGUGGCGGAGGGCGGCACUCAAAUCACUCAAAAAAUACACUCAUUUUGCCGGACGGGUACUCAAAUCACUCAAAAAAUACACUCAUUUUGCAGUACGGGUGAUGUCGCGGUUGUCGCGUCCGGCGAGGAUCAUCAUGAUGCAUGUGAUCCGCUUCCACAAUGUACUCUUUUUGGCAUUUUUUUUAUCACGGGAUGUUUUCGCUGCUUGUUCCGUACACUUUAGCUGUCGAAUGACGUAUUGCUUGUUUUCCUAUGCCAACUCGAUCACGAGUUAUAAACAAAAAUAUAACUGUCAAAAUUAUCCCGAACGCCCUGUAUCUAUAAUGGAUUUUUUAAUAAUAAUAUUAUAGAUAUUUGUAUAUAUAUUGAUGCAGGGUUUACCUAGCCAAUCGGGCGUCGUCAAAGCGUUAUCGGUCGCCGUAAAUACUUUUUCGGGCGACGUCAACUCUCAAUUGGGCACUGUCAUUUCUAUUCGGGCCUUGUGAAGUAUGAAUCGGGCAAAGUACAGAAUGAAAGCGUCCUACUUUGUAUUUUGUUGCUUUCUAGUUGUAAAACAAUACUUUUUUGCGAGUAGUUUAACUGAUAUGUAAGAAAAUUCACUACAGGUGUCCCCCGAGAUACGACUGUAUUUGGGACCGAAAAAAUGUCCCAAAGCAAGGCGUAAGUCGAAAAAGUCGUAUGUCGAAUAUCUAUGAAUAUUAAGUUUAUAACCGAAGUUGAAGAGUUGAAGUUUAUGAUAUCGUGUAUUUUAUUUAAAAUAAUGUUUGAUAUUGUAAUAAUUAUAUUUUAAAAACUGUCAAAACUGAUGAAAACAUUUUUUUAUUGGAAAUAGAUCACAAAACAUGUGCAAAAUGUUACAUACCUCUAAGUUCAAUUCGUUUCAAUCAUUUAAAGCAAAAUUUAUAGCAAAAACCUGCUGACAACCGCGGCGAACGGAUUUCGUCGUUCGAAGCCCAUACUCGCUCCGAAAAUGUUCCUUUUGCGUGUUUUUGCGGGUGCACGCACACCAUGUUAAAAAUAACCCGCCGUACAAACAACGAGGAAACACAAGGAUGCGAGAGCGCGUUUUGGUUUCUACACAGUUUUGGCACUAACAUAGUUACAAAUGUGUAAAUGUGCUCGUCCACUUUCCGCCAGCGCGCUCAGAUUGAUGUGCUCUCAGCGGCGUGUUGGUGUAGCGAUCUCGGCCGUUACGAUAAGAAAAUAACGAAGCUUCGUUUAGAUGUAGACAACGAUAAGAUACGUGUAGACGCGUCUUAAGGCGGCCUUAUAAAAAUCGACGGCUAGUGUGUGCCCAGGUUGCAAAUGACGGUCCGAAAGACCAAAACGCCUAGUUUAUGCUACAUGGUUAGCGGUUUGACUAGCUAUUUAUGCAUUUUCGUAGCUAAAUAAGAAGAAAAAAACAAAAAAAUUGUUUUAAUUUUAGAUAACAUUCAAUAAUAAAUACUUUACGAGUAAAUUCAGUUACAUUUUCUUCAAUUUUCAAAAUUUGUAUCGAACAAAACCCUAAGGCGAGCUUUGAUCGUAUUUCUUCUUCUGUAUGUUUUUCUUGAUGAUGGUGGUAUUUUUCACAGCAGUCGUGUUGUUUUCAAUUGUCAUGUCAAAAACUUAUCAAUUGCCUAAACAACAACAAUCAAUCUUAAAGCAGCGGUAAUUAUUAUAUAGAUUUUAUGCCGGAAAUUUUAUUUUGUGAACAUUUGCCAAGUGAUAAUAAUGGAUAAAAAGUUUUCCAAGCGGAUAAAGUAUAAUUCGUAUCUGGAUCGCCACCGUGAUCGUUUGGAACAAGAAGAAUUGAAUGGAGACGGUGCCGGUUCUACUGAAAUUCCCAAUGCUAUUUACAGUAGUUCAACGCGAGUCGAAUAGCUUAGAAAAUUGUGAAACAUUUGCACCGGAUAAUGAAAUCAUUAGAUGAACUGUCGAGUCUGAUGAAGCUGCAUAUGAAUCAGAAACUGAUGGUGAUGUUGUUGAUUAUUUGAUUGAACAUUCGGAUGGUGACAUUGAACCAGGAACAUCCGAUGAACCAUAUUCUGCAGAAGGUGCUUUACGCGACUGGGCCAUAUCCACAAACCAAACUUAUGGCUCAGUUGCUAAAGUAAUGGAGAUCGUUCGGAAUGUGAGCUCUUGUAAGCUGCCUAAGGAUGCAAGAACUUUGCUGAAGGUAAAAUGAAAUAUUUCGACCGAUAUACAGACAGUUGAAGGAGGACAGUAUUGGCAUCGUAAAUUGCAAGAAUGUCUUACCAAGCAGCUAAGUGGCAUUUCUCUGGAUCCUGGCGUCAAACUUGAGCUGAAUGUGUCUAUAGAUGGUUUACCCUUUUUAAAAAGUAAUAACCUACAGUUCUGGCCUAUAUCAAUUAACGUCCAUGACAAAUCAGAAAUUCCAGUUAUAGUUGUUUCAAUUUAUUGUGGAACUACAAAACCCGCUAGUAUUGAGCAUUUUCUUGAACCGUUUGUCGAAGACUUAAAUCUUUUAAUGAAAAAUGGAGUAGAAGUCGACGGUAGGAGGGUGAACUUUAAAAUACGUGCUAUAAUUGCCGAUUCACCAGCUCGACCCUUCAUCAAAGGUAAAAAAAAAAAAUACUGUUUAAAACAUGUAUCAUUCAAUAUUAAUUAAAAAAUUUAUACACCACCGAAGAGAUCAAACUACAAGGAAGGGUUACAUUUCUCGAUUGCAACGCAUCAGAACGAACGGAUGAAGCCUUUCGGAAACAAAUGUACGGCGUUCAUCAUAAAAUUGAUUCGCCAUUACUGUUAUUAGAUAACUUUGUUAUCAUCCUUCAAAUAAUUGUUAGUGAUCAGUUGCAUUGAAUUGAGUUAGGCGUAACAAAACGACUUUUGAUAGGUGUUGCAGUCCGCCGAGACUGCAGCCUCUUCGCACACUCGAUGCUUUCCGGGAACUGACAGCAUUCGAUGUGUAGCGAAUAUAGUCGUCUUUUUCUCUCUCUCUCUCGUGAUCCAUUACGAUCGGGGAUCCUGCGAUGUAACGGACACUCGGGAUUUUAUCUGCACCAGCAAUAGACGUGGCUAGCGCGCGCGGCACCGUAUUCCUUUUCCUUUUAUCAUUUGAUCGUUUUUAUAUAUAUGUUUGUUAAAAUAAAGUAUAAGUCAACAACAACAUAAAAGUGGCGACGAGUUUAAGUGGAAACGGUCAACGACAAGUAGGGAAACGCCGUAGAAUGUCCAGCCCAGAAGAGACGCCGAUCAUCGAGGAGCAACGUCGUCUCUCACAAAAUGGGGUCCUGAACACAGGGUUCAUUCACCCCCAGCCACCGCAGCACACGCCAUCGGAUUCAUCGACGCUGCAGCAAACGCUGCAGCUUUUACAAAAGCAAUUGGCCCAACAGCAGCAGCAAAUGGCACAGCAACAGCAACUGUUAUCGCAGCUCGUGCAACAACAAGAGCAGCAGCAGCCACCGACCCCCGAUCUGCAAUUUGUGCCAAAACCGAGCAACCCGGAGUUGAUACUGGAAGCCCUCGCCGGUAAUAUUAGUGAGUUCCGGUACGAUCCAGAAGCGGGAGUAACCUUCGAAUCAUGGUACACGCGGUAUGUAGAUUUGUUUCGUGAGGAUGCUUCUCGCUUGGAUGACGCCGCCAAGGUUCGACUCCUGGGACGUAAGCUUGGAACCGCUGAACACGCCCGGUUUAGUAAUUUUAUUUUGCCGCGUGCACCGCGAGAUUUCAGCUUCAACGAAAUGGUGGAAAAGCUUACCGUCCUGUUCGGCAAAAUGGAGUCGGUGUUAAGCAAACGCUUCAAGUGUCUUAAUAUUACCAAAACGCGCACCGAGGAUCUGCUAGCAUUUACCUGUCGAGUUAAUAAAGCGUGCGUCGAUGCAGAAUUUUCUUCGAUGACGGAGGAAGAUUUUAAGUGCCUCAUCCUCGUAUGCGGAUUAAAGGACGAAAGCGUACAGGACAUAAGAAUGAAACUGUUAGCCGCCAUUGAAGACAGGAAGAAUGCCACCCUAGAGCAGCUAGCAGCAGAUUGUCAACGUUUAGUGCGUGUAAAAGCUGAUAGCGCUAUGAUCGCUACGGACACUAGUGAGCGAGUACAGGCAGUGCAAGCCAGAAACAACCGCCAGUGGCAACGAAACACCAACAACGAGCGCUACCCCAAACCAGCACCCCGAAACGAAGCCUCCAAACCCCGCACCCCGUGCUGGCUUUGUGGUGCCCUGCAUUGGACCCGUGACUGCACCUACAGAACCAACAAGUGCCGGGAUUGUGGACGUACAGGACAUCGAGAGGGUUUCUGCAACUCGUCACAACGGCGCAGAGGACGACCGCGAUUCGAUCAUCGCCGUGCAGUGUCAUCGCGAGUAGUACGUGUCAACGUGUGCAGCGUGCAGCAGAAGCGGAAAUUUGUUAGCAUACUCAUCGGAGAGAAGCCAGCUCGACUACAACUAGACACCGGAUCGGACAUCACUGUCAUUAACCAGCAACUAUGGAAGCAGUUGGGUAAGCCUCACCUCAACCCACCCAAGGUAAGAGCGAAAGCAGCUACUGGCGAAGUUUUCGGCCUUCAAGGUGAGUUUGAAGCGAACGUGAGCAUUAAUAAUACCACCAAGCAAGCGACAAUUCGCGUGUCAAAAGCGGAUGUGUCAUUGUUCGGGGCUGAUUUAAUUCAUCUUUUCGGCUUGGGGACCGUUCCGAUGGAUAGCUAUUGCAAUAACAUAGGUACAGCUGAACCACGAUCCUGGGAGAAAGAAUUUCCUUCGCUUUUUAGUGGAAUGGGCCUGUGCACCAAGGCACAAAUUCACCUACAGCUGCAACAAGGGAGCAGACCAGUUUUUCGACCGAAACGUCCGGUUGCAUACGCGAUGGAAGAUGCUGUAAAUAAAGAGUUGGAUCGGCUUGAGAAUCUAGGCAUCAUCAGUUCCUGCGACUAUUCGGAUUGGGCAUCACCAGUCGUAGUGGUUCGAAAGGCGAACGGCAAAAUACGGCUUUGCGGAGACUAUAGCACCGGACUCAAUGCAGCAUUACACCCGCACGAAUAUCCGCUUCCUUUACCCCAGGACAUUUUUUCUAAGCUAGCCCGUUGCGUAAUAUUUUCACAAAUUGAUUUAUCCGAUGCAUUUUUGCAGGUCGAAAUAGAAGCAAAGAGCCGACCCCUGCUGACAAUUAAUACGCAUCGUGGUCUAUACCAUUACAACAGGCUUCCUCCAGGCAUAAAAGUGGCCCCUGGUGCCUUUCAGCAGAUAAUGGAUAAAAUGCUCGCCGGGGUAAAUGGAGUAUCUGCUUACAUGGAUGACGUAAUAGUUGGAGGGAAAACACAGGAAGAGCAUGAUGCAGCUCUUGAAGAAACGCUGAAGCGCAUAAGGGACUAUGGGUUUACCAUCCGGAGUGAAAAGUGCGCAUUCAACAAGUCGGAAAUACGCUACUUGGGGCAUAUCAUCGACAGCCGAGGCCUACGACCCGACCCGGCAAAGAUCGACGCCAUCAAAAAUUUGCCUGCUCCAAAAGAUGUCACAGGCGUUCGAUCAUUCAUCGGUGCGAUAAAUUUUUAUGCCAAGUUUAUCCCCAACAUGCGUAACUUGCGCUACCCAUUGGAUAAGUUGCUGCUAGCCGGAAGUGUGUUCCAGUGGACACCCGAAUGUCAGAAAGCUUUUGACCAAUUUAAAGCCCUCUUGUCCACGGAGCUCUUGCUCACACACUACGAUCCAACCCGCGACAUAGUUGUGUCCGCCGAUGCAUCAUCAGUUGGCUUAGGAGCAACGCUAUGCCACAAGUACCCAGACGGAUCCCUAAAAGUGGUACAACACGCAUCCAGAGCACUCAGCAAGGCGGAGAUUGGUUAUAGCCAAAUCGACAGAGAAGGAUUGGCAAUAAUUUUCGCUGUAACCAAAUUUCAUCGCAUGAUAUACGGUCGUCAUUUCACACUGCAGACCGACCACCGACCAUUGGUACGCAUAUUUGGCAGUAAGAAAGGAAUUCCGACAUACACAGCAAACCGGCUGCAGAGGUUUGCACUUACUCUUCAGCUGUAUGACAUGGACAUCGAGUAUGUAGCAACAGGCUCAUUUGGAAACGCCGAUGUGUUAUCUCGGCUCAUACAUCAUCACGCCAAACCUGAAGCUGAAUACGUCAUCGCCAGCCUGGAGUUAGAAAACGACUUAAGGUCAGUUGCCAUUAAUGCGCUUAGCUCAUUUCCUUUAUGUUUUAGAGACGUUGAGACAGCUACGCAGACUGACCCCUUGCUCCGGAAAGUCCAUAAGUACGUGCAGGACGGAUGGCCGCAUGAUGUUUCAUUCGGAGCAGAUUUGGCACGGUACCACAAUAGGAAAGAAUCGCUCUCAACCGUUGAGGGGUGUAUACUUUUCGGGGAGAGAGUGGUCAUCCCGGAGAAACUGCGUUCCCGUUGUUUGCUGCAGCUGCACAAGGGUCAUCCGGGGAUGCAGAGAAUGAAGGCGAUUGCGAGAAGCUACCUGUAUUGGCCAAUGAUCGACGACGAUAUUGUGAGCUACGUGGCAUCUUGUGAAUCCUGUUUGGCAGCCGCUAAAGCACCCCCUCGAGCAACACCAGCGACAUGGCCAACACCAUCGGGCGCCUGGCGUAGAGUACACGUGGACUAUGCUGGGCCACUGGAAGGGUAUUUCUUUUUAGUGGUGGUUGACGCUUUCUCCAAGUGGCCUGAAAUCUACAAAACUACGAGUACAACAACAUCUGCCACCAUCUCCAUGUUACGGAACAUUUUCGCUCGCUUCGGUAUGCCUGAAACGUUAGUUAGCGACAACGGUCCGCAAUUUACCAGCGCCUUGUUUGCGGAGUUUUGCAACAGCAGCGGGAUCGAGCACAUCACGACAGCACCGUUCCAUCCGCAAUCAAAUGGACAGGCGGAGCGGUUCGUCGAUACGCUGAAACGAGCACUGCGGAAGAUCCAGAGCGACGAGACGUCCCUUGAUGAGGCCCUGGAAUUGUUUCUCAUAACGUACCGAUCGACACCAAACGCGCAGUUGAACCAGCAGAAAUCUCCAGCUGAGGAAAUGUUCGGCCGCCCCAUCAGGACAGCACUGGAGCUGUUGCGGCCCCCAUCAUCACACUCACUAUCUCCUUCCUCAUUUAUUUCAGUGCGAAGUUUUCAGCCUGGCGAUCUCGUUUCUACAAAAUCUUUCUAUAGAAACUCAUGGAAGUGGAUACCGGGAAAGAUCGUUCGUAGCUGUGGACGCGUUAUGUAUGACGUCAUUGCGAGUGAUGGACGUUUACUUCGGCGCCACAUAAACCAAAUCAGGCGUCGUGCGGUAGCCCGUGCACCUGAGGGACAUCAGCUGCCGCUUGAUGUACUUAGAGUGUAUGUGUUAGAGGAAUGGUCUUCUUCUUCUUCCCGACCAGAGCCAACCCAGCCGGAGCUGGAACCAAUCGUAAGCGAGCCAACAGCGCUUCCACGGUCAUCGCCCGCUUAUUCAUCACUAGCAGCGACGACCCCGAUCGAUGUUCCUUUGACGACAUCCAGCUCGCUACCUCCUGCCGACCUCGAAAACCGUCACGGAGGUAGGACCGAUCAGCGCCUGAUAGAUUUGCCACGCAGGUCUUCUCGAGUAAGAAGACUUCCGCGUCGGCUCGGAGCCUAUCAGCUCAAUUAGCCGGGGGAGAUGUUGCAGUCCGCCGAGACUGCAGCCUCUUCGCACACUCGAUGCUUUCCGGGAACUGACAGCAUUCGAUGUGUAGCGAAUAUAGUCGUCUUUUUCUCUCUCUCUCGUGAUCCAUUACGAUCGGGGAUCCUGCGAUGUAACGGACACUCGGGAUUUUAUCUGCACCAGCAAUAGACGUGGCUAGCGCGCGCGGCACCGUAUUCCUUUUCCUUUUAUCAUUUGAUCGUUUUUAUAUAUAUGUUUGUUAAAAUAAAGUAUAAGUCAACAACAACAUAAAAAUAGGCUUGAUUGAAGGUAAAUUUGGCUUUAAAAAAAGACUUACUCCUUCUACACUUGCAAAAUUAUCUGGAAUGUUGAUGAACAAUUGAAUUGUCAGCAGAGAUUCAUCGAAAAUUCCGCUCAUUUCAAGAUUUGCGUCAUUGGAAAGGAUCAGAAUUUUCAUCGUUUUUAUUUGAUGCAAGUGAUGUAUGUUUCAAGAGCGUGAUGAGUUCUGAGCAGCAUAAACACUUUAUGUUAUAUUUUUGUUUGUGCUAUAACAUUGUUUUCAUCAGAUCUACAAAGAAUCAUUGGCCACUUGCUAAUAAUUUGCUUCAACUAUUUGUAAAAAAGUAUGCAGAUAUUUACGGACCUCAAUUCGUUUCAAGUAAUAUUCACAAUCUGCUACACGUUUACAAAGAAGUGAAACAUUUCGGUCCACUAUAUACGUUAUCAUCCUAUAAGUUCGAAAAUCUACUACAGCAAAUGAAACUUCUAUUGCGCAAUGAGUACAAGUGCUUAGAGCAAGUAAUCAACAGAUUGUUGGAAGAGGACGAAUAUUAUGUCCAUAAAAAGAAAGAUAUCUUCAAUUAUCCUUUCAUUCAUCAAAGGGGUAAUAUUAUCACUCUCCAUAUCCGAGAAGCAUUCUGCUUAAAAUAUGGACAAAGAAAUGGGUGGUUUUUAACCAAAUCCGGGUAUGUUUGCCAAUAUAUAAACGCAGUCUCACAUAUCACAAACAACCACACAAACAUUAAGAUAACGGCUAAAAGAUUAAUCAAUACAUCAAACAGUUUUGAUUAUCCAUUUGAUUCAAAAAUUCCCAAGCGCCACAGAUUAAGCUUAAACGACUGGAAAAUUGAAUAUCCAUAGAAAAAAAUGAAAGCUCCAUAGCUUCACUAGUUUGCUCAAUAGAUGGCGUAUUAAAACUGAUUAUUAUAUUGCUAUCCUUUUCUUGCAAUGUGUUUCGACAAGUUUCAUAUUAUCAUGACCUAUAUAGCCUUCUAACUUUCCGAGCAAAAAUCUUUAUGAAUGGUCGUGUGGUCAGAUACUUGGGUAUCAACACCAACGACCGUUACUCAAAUCUCACUUGCUUCAAUGCUGGUGGUUUCCAUUGGAGUUUAGUAUUUAAACAAUCGUAUCGCCGUUCUAGUUCUAGCGAAGCAUAACUUCAAUGCGAAACCAUACAACAGUACAGAAGAAAUGAGAAAGCUCUCCUCCAAGCGAGGAAGCUCAACUGGUUGGGUAUCCCACAAACAGAUAGCGCCACCAGCUUUUUUGCUAUUUUCAGAAUGCAUGAGUCGUUUGCCGUCUGCUAAACGAAGUCUUUCUAUAUUCCGUUUAGGUAGAGUGCUUGAGUCGUUUAGAAGCCGUUUAGUGGUCGUUUAGUGGAUUUGUGGCACUUGGGUUAUGCAUAAGUUAAGAACACAUGCGUUAGAAUUUAAUAA